GGUAUCUUCGCUGAGCUGUCGCUCGCUCGCUCGCUUGUUUGCCUUGCUAUCUCUUGCUCAGUCGGUGGACCUCUUUCGAUUAUUUAUAGUUAUUAUUUAAUACAAUGGAUUCAGCUUUACGUGAGCAAGUUAUGAUAAAUCAAUUUGUUUUGGCAGCAGGAUGUGCUCAAGAACAAGCAAGACAAUUGUUACAAGCCGCUCAUUGGCAAUUCGAGACGGCACUAUCAAUAUUCUUCCAAGAAGUUGCCAUACCAGCUGGUGCUAAUGGAAUUGCAGCUCCACAUUAUCGUCAGCAACUGAUGACACCAUGUAAUACUCCGGCUACUCCACCCAACUUCCCAGAUGCUCUUGCAGCAUUCUCUCGGCUAUCAACCACAGGAAGCCCGAGUAAUACCGGUGCUGGCAUGAACACUAUGCCGCCGGUUUCUCCUCUGGCCACUCAUCCGCCUCCGCCUCCGCCAAUAAAUACUUUCCCAGGCUCUCCAAACUCACAGACCAACUACGCACCACUCUCCUGCUCAACUGCUGUUUGCAGUGAACACAUGCCAAGAUAAAUCAGAAAUAUUAGUUUAGGAGCAUCUAUAUUUAUUUUUAUAAUGGUGCGCAAAGUGAGCUGUGGAAUUGUGUAUGAUAAUGUAUAAUAUUUCACUAAUACCCCACUACAGCGGCGAUUUGCUGGACAAUACAUGGGGUACUGUAGUCAAUCAUGUUAUAUAAUUUCUAUGUAUUUAUGUAUAUUAAAUAUAAUGAAUUUAAAAAUUAAUGCACAACAAUGCCGUAAGCAAAUAUGUAAUCAUCGUUUUUAUGUCUUCAUUGUAAAGAUGAUCAGUGCGUAAAUUUUAAAUCAUGUCCAAACAGAUCAUAUUUGUAUUUUUAAGCUAGAUCGAAACCACAUUAUUGUUACGUUAAGUAUGUUCAUUUAUUUUACGAUUGUAAUAUUUUCUAUUGUAGUACCUACCUAUUAUGAUCUUAGUAAGUAAAUCAAUGGAAUUAUUAUUGACUUAUAAGUGUAAAAAUGACUUAAAAGACAAUACAUAGUAUUGAUUGAUGUAUAUGCAUGUUUAGUGAACAAAACCAAAAAUGUUAAACUAAUACUCGUCAAAUACCUGCUUAAUUACUGUUUGAGUGAUUUGGUAUUUAGUAAUGGGUAUGUUAUGGCUAUAUCCACCAGUGAUUAUAAAUAGUUGCUAUGAUUUAGCUAAAGGUACAAUUUUAUUCCCCAUUCUAGAAAUACAUUAUCCAAUGCAAAAAAUACUUGAUGCAAUUGUUUAAAAUUACCUAAAUGAUAUUACGUUGUUCGUUUUUUGACACGAUGUAAGAUAAAUAAAUGAUAUUACGUUGUUCAUUUUCUGACAUGAUGUAGGAUAAUUUUAGUCACAGAUGACUAAAAAAUAAAUGCAAAUUACUUAAACAAAACAGUUGAAUAUUAUUUUGAAACGCCGAUUUGUUUGCAAAUUGGUAUUGAUUGUAAAGUACAGAAUAUACUCGAAUUUAAAGGCAUAAUAAAUCAAUUAUUUCAUCAAAUUAGUGUUAAUCUUACGUUAAUCUCUGCUAUUCAAAUAUUCAUUUUAAUUGUUAUAUACCAAAUUUGCACUAUAAGUCAAAUGUACAUGAUAUAAUAAAUUAUAUCCUUUAUUUGUAAUUGAUUAAAGUGUAUGUUUAAAUAAAAAUACAUUGUUUGCCUAACAAAGAGUAUAUAGUAGCAUAUGAACGAACUGAAUUAUUUUGCUUGGUACCAAGUAGUACGGAGGACAGCAUUGAACAUAGAGGUGGAUUGACGCUUGUUCGGUUUCGAAAAUGUCGGCGAACAUCUCGCCAAACUGACUGAUUCGGCAUACAUUGCUGUUCAAAGGUGUCUACAAACUAUGUAAUCUUCGUUUAUUCGCGUCUCUCUCGCUCUCGCCAUAGUAUCUAGCCGGCAUUGAAUUUAAUUUCGAAACAUCACUCUGUAUUUUUUUAAAUACCUCCAUGCCAUUUAUUUGUGCAUAGGAAACAACGAUAUUUUAGUUAAUCCAUUUUGUAUGGGCUACUCGAUUUUUGUGUAAUAUGAUUAUUGUUUAGUACAUCAUGUGAUGUUUCCACGCGUUUUAUUAGAUUAUAUAAAGUGACAUUAGCAUGUUAGAACAAAACCAUACGAUUUAAAAAUAUCAAAUUAUAAUUAUAAGAUAAUUAUUAAAGAAUUAAAAUUUUGACUUGUUGAAUCACUUUCUAAAUAAACCUGAUCUUUAAGACUAUUAUCUGUGUGACAAGGGAGUUCUUCUUCACUGAUAAACAAGAUACAGAUUUGGUACUCAAUUAAAAUGAUGUUUUGGACUGUGCCUACAAUCAAACUAAAAGUUGUUAUGUGCUAAAUAACAAAAUUUGUGUAUAUUCUGUCAUAACAAAAUCCUGUCAUAUGUAGCGUUAUAAAGACAUGCAAAAUUUCCCAUAAAAAAUUGUGCGUUGUCGUCUCGUGUAUUGUGUUUUUGAAUCUUUCACUUUUAUCAGCUAUAGUUUUGUUUACAAAGUAGACACGAUGAGAAUGGUUGACAUUUAAAUUUUAAAUUAUUUCACAUGACACACCUACUUACAUCAGAUUUCUAUAUACCUACAUUAAGAAAAAAUACAUGUAUUUUACUUGUAUUAACGGGAAAUAUGCAUAUAUAAUAAUAAAAAACAUGAGUGCUAUUCAUUCGAACUUGGCGUUUACACUAUUUGUCCAAGCUUACCUAACAAUGUACUAAUUAAUGUAAGCAUUUUAGGUAAUUGCUUAAAAACUAGGUAUGUAGUGUCUACAUUAUAUUUUGCUUCUGUUAUGAAAUAUAUAUAUUAUUAUUACA